AUGAGUCUCAGCUUGGAAAAUGUACUUGGGCUUCACGUGAAAGUAACAAACUUGUUGGAUGUAGUUACGGAGGGUAAGAUAUACUCUUUCAACUCAUCAAAUAAUACCAUUACAUUGCAAACUAACAAGAAAAACCAAACGCCUUUGAGUUUCAAGAUCAUUAAAUGUUCAUUCAUUAAAGAUAUUGAGGUAAUUGGAGAUAAGCCUGUGUCAAAUUCAUUCAAGAAACAAUACAUCAAGCCAACAUUUAUUCAUAUUGAGAGAGUCACUGAAUUAUUGAACAAUAAGAUCGAAGAGGCUGGAAUCAAGGACCAAUUGAGGCGUCAAGGUAUUACUGAGGAGGGAGAAUUUAUAUUCAAUAUUAUCUAUAAGACCAUACCUGAUACAAAGUGGGUAGGUAAGACCAUUGUGAUAUUGGAUGACAUACAAGUGGAACCACCAUACAAAGUAGAAAAUAUUAAAUCUUUGCAUGAACCUAAUACAGGAUCUCUUGAUCUAAUAGAGAAAAUCGUGGCAAAUGGAUGGAAGAAGUUGCCCUCUAAAAUUGUUGAUAGCGAUGAAGAUAGUGACGAUAAAAAGGGUGGUUGA